AUGGGUAAUCAUCCAGGAAGUAUUAUACAUAAACUAACACAUAGAAAAAGUAGCACGCAUAUACCAUCGACCCCUUUAUCACCAACAGAAUUCGUAUUACCAAGUAAAACUACAUAUUUUGAAACAUUUAUUCUUGUUUGGCUUGAUCCUAAUGUUGAUACAAAUACGGAAAAUGUCAAAACUCAAGAAUGUUUACGAGAAAUUCUAACAUGUCUUAUAACAUUUGAUACAGUUGAAGCAUGUCAAAACUGGCUUAAAAAAUGUUGUUCUGAUGAAAAAAUUAUUCUCAUUGUAUCGGGUGCAUAUGGACAACAAAUUGUACCGCAAAUUCAUCAUUUAUCAGCAAUAGUUGCCAUUUAUAUUUAUUGUUUGGAUAUUGAGCGUAACAAGGAUUGGACUCAGAAUUUUGCAAAAAUUCGAAAUAUUAUAUCUUCAACAGAUAUUCUUUUACAAGAAUUAUCUCUUGAUCAAGUUAAUCUUGAAAGUGUUGAAGAUUCUAAAGCAUUAAAAAUUUAUAAACAUGAGCAACAAGUUUGUUCUCUUGACACUGCAACCGCAUCAUUUUUAUGUUAUCAACUUUUACUUGAGAUUCUGAUAUCUCCAAAUUAUAUAACAACACCAGGAACAUUUUAUGAACUGAUUCAUAUUCUUCAUCAGUAUAGUUCUGAUGAUAAAUAUGGUACAAAAUUAAUUAAUGAAUUCAAAAAAACAUAUACUCCAAAUAAAGCUGUAUCAUGGCUAACACGUGAUACACCCUUGUUACGUUUUGUUAAUAAAGCAUUACGCGAACAAGAUUUUGAUAUGCUUUUUGCCUUACGUUUUCUUCUUGUUGAUAUUCAUUCUCAAUUAACCACCCAUCAAGCACGAUCGCUCAAUGUAUUUAAAUUACAGCUUAUGUUAAAAGAUGAAAUGGAAAAUAUUCGAGCGAAUCCAGGUCAAUUACUAGUUGUAAAUGGGUUUCUAUUUGCAUCGACUAAUAUGUCUCAAUUGAUAUCUUCAAUUACGAAUAAUGAUCAAUACGAAACAAUUUUAUUUGAUAUUAAAGCCGAUUUUCGUCCGGGUGUAGUUCCCUUUGCUCUUCUUCAUGAUAUUGAUUCAACUAUUAAACAUAAAAUAAAUCGAGAAGUACUUUUUAUGUGUGGUUCAAUAUUUGAAGUUGGUCCGUUAACACAUGAAGAUUCUAUAUGGAAGCUUAAAUUAAAAUUAGCUAGUGAAAAUGAUUCAUCGAUAUUAUUUAAUAUGAAACAAAAAUUAAAAGAAACUAAAAAUUAUAGUAUUCUUGGUGAUCUAUUAUAUCAAUAUAAUCAGGAAGAAAAAGCAAGUAUUUAUUAUGAAAGACUUUCUAGUGAACUACCAAAUAAUCAAGCUUUCGUAUCACAAAUCAAUAAACAAUCAACUGGGAAACAUACCAGAUCAAAUUCUAAUAAAGAUUCUAUUCCUAAUGUGCCGUUUGCUCUUAUAAAUUUAUCUGAACAUAUAUCUGAAUUUGCUUCAGCCGUAUUAUAUAUUCUUUGUUCUGUAACAUCGAAUCUUAUAUAUGUUAUGAAUGAUGCAUCAACUAAUGAUUGUUAUCAAUGGCCUAAAAGACCAAUGUCAAUAUUUACAACCGCACAAUUCGUAUCUUCAUCAGAAAAAAAAAUACCAAAAUAUAUAAAAUUUUUUGUAUUAAGUGAUAGCAAGAAUAAUACUGAACAACAACAACAAUUUACAACUAUUGAUGAAUUAAUAUGUCGAUUAGUUGAUGAAAUAAUUCAACACUAUCGAUUUGAAGCAAAUGAAUUUAUUAAAAUGAAAAAUUCAAUUAAAAUGCAAGAACAAUAUAAACAAAUAAAUCGAAUUUAUCAUGAAUUAAAAAACCUCGAUGUGAAAUUUGCAAAAAAUAAUUCUUCUUCAAAAAAAUCAGAAAAUAUUGAACCAAUAUUAAUUUGGUUAUUGUCAAAUACAGGAUAUGAUGAAGAAGAUACAAAAUCUAUUGCAGAGAAUUUUAAAGAUAAUUUUUCAUCAUAUCUUACUUUUUAUGAUCCAUCUGAAUUUCAUUCUUAUUUACUUAUUGAAGAGAAUAUAACUGAUAUGUUUAUUAUCAUUUAUAGAAAUUAUGAAGAAUCGAUUGUAGAGUGUGUACGUCAAUUUCCUAAUGUUAAAUAUGUGUAUUAUUAUGAAGCUUCAAAAAAUAAAAUGGAUAAUAUGACUACAAAUCGAGAUGAUCUUCGUUAUCGUAUAACAUCUGAUCUUAUUGAUUAUUAUGCAAAACUAGGUGAAAAAUAUCAAACUAAUAAAAAAUCAAAAGAAGCUCGACAAAUAUUUUUAAAAGCACAAAAAUUGUGUCGUCUUUUAUCAGAAAAUUAUUUUUAA